AUGUCACCGCCAGUAAUACAUGGAGAACCAAAAAUUAUACAAGACGCAGCAGCGAAUAGUGUCAACUUAGAAGUCACACCAGAAUUGACUAAAUGGUUCUUGGGUGACAAAGAAAUUGAAGCCACCGAAACGUAUAUUUUCUCACAUCACGAUGAAGGUGGCAAAAGAACUUUGUUAAGAUGUGAAAUAAAAAAUUUCGAUAAGGAACUUGCGGGUGUUUAUAAAGCAAAAUUCUAUAGCAGUGAUGGUGAAAACAGCGCUACAUUUACAGUUGCUGCCGGAAAUGCACCUGAAUUUCAUGAUAAACCUCACAUAGUACAGCGGGAUGGUGGUAAUAUUAUUGUGAUUAAAGUUCGUGCAAAGUCACAUCUUGAGAUGAAAGCUCAGUGGUUUAAGGAUGAUAAACCACUAAGUGCGACAGAGCGAAUCAAAAUGGUGGUAAAGAAAGACGAUAAAGACAAAGAAGGUUUUCAGUAUCUGUUAGAGAUACACGGUCCGCAGCAAGAGGAUCAGGCUAAAUACAAAUGUGUUGUGAAAAAUGCUGAGGGUCAAAAUGAGCAGUCUUUAAAUUUAUGCUUCGACUAG